CACACCCACCUCAGCAGCCGCAUUUAUGAAUUAAUGAAGCGUUUAAUCUCUAUAAUCCUAUCGACCGUUUAUUUGGUUGGUGCGUUUGGCGAAAACAUCUCCUUGAAAAAGGAUUUCUCCGUUCAACCAGGUGGGAGGACGUAUUCUACAACAAUUGAAAGAGAUGGUAUAAGUUGCACUUUUACUUAUCAGUGUCAGGGUGGAACGAAUGAGAAAUGGCAUAUGAUGCUUUCGAAAAUUAGGGAUGAUAAUGGUUACGGUUGCGUCGUGGAACGCUCUGGUAGCAAAACAAGUUACAUUUUCUUCCAAAGCUUUAAGCUAGAAGUAAAACCAUCAGUAGAAGCUCUGGCGGCAUCGGCAUUUGGCAACAAUGACCAACCGCUGUUGCUGGAGGAGUAUACUUUCGACAAAAACCAACGUUCGGGUAAACCUCGUAUUUUUAUGUAGAGAAAUGUGGUCAAGAAAUCUGAAGCAUUUGCGGUCUAGAAUGAUAUCGUUUUCUGCGAUUCUGUAUCACAUAUUUGUAGAAUUUGGAAAGAAUAAGACGAAACGAAAAACACUAACAAAGAUUUUUUGACAUUUAUUGUAUCCAUUGUCUUCGAAUGUUUUACAACCGAUAAUAUAUAAUGUUUAUGACAAAAGAAAAGCAAAAUAUACAAUGUAGUUGCAUAUUUUUAUUGGGCAAUGAUGUGUCGAAUGAAAUGAAAGAUAACAUACAUAGAUGUUGGGACAAUAACGAUUUUCGGAAAUUGGUGGAUUGGUUAGAGUUAUUCAAAGGCUAGCUGUUAGUCGGAUGAAUACAUUAGAUUCGUGUUGUGGUGAAAUAUUGAGUUUUUCAUUUGGUCGAGUGAUAGUAUGAAUACAACUUUGGUUUAUCUUAAUACAACACCCUAUCACACUUUGUACUAGUAGGGAUGUUAGUAGUGUGAUGUUUAUUUUAGGCGUAAGAAUUAUUAAUAACUGGAUUUAGGAACUAGGCAGAAGGAUUACCAUUUGCGAGAAGAUGACAGUUUAUCAAUGAGGUAAGCUAAUGAAACGAUGUUUAGAAAAUUUUAUAAAACCAUGGAGUG